UUGCUUUUACUACUCCUGCAUGGAAGCUGUGCAUGUGUUGAAGCCACUCAAGACCGCAGCACUAUAAAUAGUGCUCUAUUGUUAGUGGAUAAAAGAUGAAACAAGUCUCACAGCACUGGAGCACAGGACACUGUAUUAAAUGUUAAGCUCUGCCUGUUCUAAAAGUGAAAGGCGACAUCAACUGAUAGACUGGUCUGUGGGUAAGACAUACGGCUGGGAAGAGCUCGCUCUGACUCGGCAGCUUCCUGACACAGCACAAGUAGCAGCUGAUCUUUCUGCCUCUGCAAUGGCAGAAGCUGUCAUAAGACACUGGGUGGAAACUCCCAUACGCUACCAGGAGCAGUUUGUUGGCCAAGAGCUGGAAGCACACAAGCUGAACCACCUUUUAUACGCUUUGCCGGGCCCUGCUACCACUGCGCUGAGCAACCAAAGGUGCAUCACAGAAAGCACGGCUGGGGCCAGGAAGAGCAGCCAGGAGGAGGAAAACACACACUUUCGGGUCUUGCUGGACGUUGUGCAGUUCUGCCCCGAAGAUAUCAUUAUCCAGACUUUUGAAGGCUGGCUCCUGAUUAAAGCUCAGCACGGACCCAGGAUGGAUGAACAUGGUUUCAUAUCCAGAAGCUUCACCAGACAAUACAAAUUACCUGAUGGAGUGGAGAACAAAGACCUGUCUGCACUUUUCUGCCAUGAUGGCAUUUUGGUUGUUGAAAUGAAGAACUCAGUGGGAAAGAACUAGAACCAUGUCUAUAGUUACUGGUGAGAUUAAAUCAUUCUUAAUGUAACAAAAUAAUAUCAGUCAUGCAAUGCUUUAGGGUAUAGUAAGCAUGUAGCUGUAUUUAUUACAGCAAAGUAAAUUUUUUGUUAUAUUUUUCUGUAUGCUGAGUUUAUUGUUUGAUGUGAAAUGUUAGACUGCUUGCCUCCAGCUACACACAGGUUGAAAACCCAGGCUGUUUGAACAGCAGCAAACUUGGGCUAGUCUCAGCGGGAGAAAAAAAAUCUAUUUGAUAACAUACUGAAAAUAGAGCACAUUUUUGAGAUAAGUAGCAGGAGUUUUAUUUCUAAGGAAUAAGCAUUUAUCAUACAUAGUCAUAAACAUUAAAGAAGCAAUAGACAAGUUGUGAAUCUUAUGGAAAUUUAAUUUAUGUACCAAAAAAAUCUGUGUUCUACUUUUUGAGAUUAAAUUCUUCUCUCUGGAAAAGCACAUGAACUGAAAGAUACCAUGAAGAGAAAAAUCCCUAUUUCCAUAGCUUCUAUACCGAAAAACCCUCCAGAGAUUACUUUUUAGAGGUGUGUUGCAUGUUUGAAACUAUAAGGAAAAAGAAUAAUCACUGACUUUAUUUGCUUGAAAACACAGUAAAUAGAAAUUAUACUUUCUGUCAAAGUAAUAUGAAAGAAAACCUUUAAAGACAUUUUAGAAAAUGUUUUGUUUAAGAUAACAACUGAAGAAAAAAUUUUUGCUUACAAAUGCUCGAAAGAAUCAUAUUCUUCUUUGUGAAACCUCAGUAAUAAAAAGACGUUGCUCUUGCACAAAUGCCUUUUUUCUUACACAUUUUAGGUAGUUUUCUUAUUUAAUCAAAUGAGUAUUUAAUUGUCCAUGUUGCAUGACACUUUAGGCUGAAAUCUCACAACUCUGUCUUCAAGAGCAAAUUCUUCUUUCAAUGAUAAUCCCCCUCUCCCCAGAGGAACACAGGCUCUACAUGAAUCUAAUUUUAAAUAGAGGGGUUCCUUAUUGCAGACACAGCUUUAGUUUCUGUUCCAGUGUCUCACAUUUCAUGAGUGGUGGUGAUAAAAAAAUAUCCACCUUCUAUAUCUAGUAUCUGGUCUUCUCAAUACUAAAAAGAAAUAAUGCUGUGGGUUUGUAAAUACUCACACAUUUGAGGGGAACUGCAUCUGCAAGUUGAACUGCCUCCUUUUAUGUGUACUGGAGACGAGUAUGACUGGUGUGCUAUGAAUAGUAAAGGAAUGUGGAAUGGAAAGUGCCAAGUUAAAUGCAGACUCUUUAUCACAGCCAUCUGCUGUUUGGACAAAUCAAAAACAUAUUCAAAUGAAACUGAAUACAAAUACAAUUUUAAGAAUACAAGAAAAAUAUGAUGAACAAAACCUGGCUCUCACUAGCUGAAGCUAGAGUUCCUUUAGUUUCAAAUGAAAAUCUUAAGCUUGCAUGUCUGCACGUGUCCAUUUAUGAGAAAGAUUAUUGUUGUUUAGACUUCAAGAUACUUGAAGCAAUUGAUUUUAGAAAAGUGGGUAGUACAAUUCUUGUAUUUUUCUUACUAAUUGUGCUAAAACUCACAAGAAA